CACAGUGGUGCUCUAAAACACUGUGUUUAACCUCUGCGUUUUUUCUUUCAGUACUUUUGUUCCCGACAAGUCGUUAAAAUGAUUCUUUUGUUUUGAGCGUUUUGUGCGAGUGUGCAUGUGUGUAAGAGAGAGUGCUACCGUAUCUUAUUUUUUCUUUCAUUACGUGAAGCAGUAAUGUGCUGCUUUAUAUCGGCAGACUGUUAGCGUCUGGGAUCUGUUCUCACCAGGAAUCUGUACCCGGAGGGGAUAUACCAGGAUGGUUACGUCCUGUUCGUAACCAGCUUCAGCUAGACGAAGGCCAACUCAACUCUAGACUUAACUACCAAAUCCCUUCCAACCUACCACCAUCAGCCAUGUCUAACAUAAACAAUCCACUUUGCAUUGAGAAUGGACAGAAUGAUGUGUCUCUCUUGCAAAAGGAUAACCUUCAGAAUCUCCAGAAUCUCCAGGAUGGUGGAUUAAGUCAGCUGUUGGAUUACAAUGCUGAGAUGGAAAGGUACAGGUCUUUUGCAAACUUUUAUAAAACCAAUGGGGCAUUUCCACAGACUGCUAAAAUCGCCCGCAUCACGACACCAAUUUUUCCCAGUGCCAGAAUUGGCGUGUCCCCUUGGAACUGUGAUAACGCCAUGCUCUGGGGAAGGAAAUCAGCGGCAAUAAACCCUAAUAGGACCAGCAUGCACAGAAAUGACUCCCAGAGGCCGGGAAAGCCUGGCGUGGCGCCAGAGACGCUGCAAAUGGCAAAUAAUAAUUUCCUCUCUACCUUAUCCCCUGAACACUGCAGACCUUUAGCAGGAGAAUGCAUGAACAAGCUGAAAUGCGGCGCUGCUGAAGCAGAGAUAAUGAAUCUCCCGGAACGCGUUGGAACUUUUUCCGCUAUUCCGGCUUUAGGGGGCAUCUCAUUACCUCCCGGGGUCAUCGUCAUGACAGCCCUUCACUCCCCCGCAGCCUCAGCAGCCGUUACAGACAGUGCGUUUCAAAUUGCCAAUCUGGCAGACUGCCCACAGAAUAAUUCCUCGGCAUCCAGUGGAAACCCAGCCAAGAAGAAAAGGAAAAGGUGUGGGGUCUGCGCGCCCUGCAGGAGGCUAAUCAACUGCGGGGUGUGCAGCAGUUGUCGGAACCGCAAAACGGGCCACCAGAUCUGCAAAUUUAGGAAAUGCGAGGAGUUGAAGAAGAAGCCUGGCUCGUCGCUGGAGAGGACACCGGUCAAUAAUGGGGAAGCGUUCCGAUGGUUCUUUUAGUCCCGCCACUGGUGACAUCACGUCGACAGACGUCAGGCUCUGACUCACUGCGAGAAGCACUUGUGGGCUCCGGAAACGGAACUGUGGAGAAGAAAAGGAAGACUUAAACAGAAAAAAAAGAUAAAAAGAAAACAUUAUGGUGUUGGUUUGACUCUGUAAUUUCCUUUCCUGUGUAAUUAUUGUACCUUUUGACAGUAUCAUAAUGUAUAUUUUUUGGUGUCUAUGAAUGUGUUUCAGUGUCGUGGCUGUGCAAGUUACAGCCAUUCUUAUAUAAAGGACUCAAUAGACAAUCAUAACAAUGAAAUAAGGGGAAAAAAACAAGGCCACAAGGAUUAACUACACUCUCUUUAGGUCUGGAGCAAUAAUCUUUAAGGUGAUUAUUCCUCGCCAUCACAUUCAGGUUUACUUUUUGAUCACAUUCAACGAUACCUCGUUUUUGGCUGGGUCGGCCCACCUCAAGGAUGUGAGCCACAACCACCAUAGAGCCUCCGAAUCAUCCAAUGACAAGGCUGUUUCCUUACUGAUCUGAUCUGAGAAGACAGCAGCGGCAGGCGAACUGUUUUUUCUUUAUUUUCCUUUAAUUGUGUUUGCUAUGUGCAGCAUGUGGUGGAACAGGGCACAUUGUCUUGUUGACAAGUUGCACUUUUGUUGUGUAGACUAAAAUGAUCCCAUGUUAGAGCACAAGAAAGCUUUUGGUUGGUCUAGAAACUUGGAAAGAUGGUGUUAUGAGCUUUUUGUAAUAGCUGCUUGGCCUUUUUGAGAAAUUCUCAUUUGGUUUUUGGUUUUUGUUUGUUUUUCUUUUUUAUUAUUAUUAUUCAAAUGGUUGAACAUAAGCUGUCUAAAAGGUAGUUAGAAGUACCAGUAAAGGAAUUCUAGUUAACAUUUAAAAAUCUAAAGUUUCAGCACUCUCUGAAAGUCCAUCAGAUAUUGGGUUGACUGUCCCAUGAGCUGGAGUGUGCAUAAUGUCUCCACCACAAGUCUGUAUCUGAUCUGCUAAUAGUCUGUUGAACUGAAGCAAAGUAACACAUUCCAAACUAAAUUAUUCAAUAAGUUACUCAUCGUCUUAAACCCUAUUGUUGCAUGUGUAAAUGUGUUUUGGUUUUAAAAUUAAGAAGAAUUUGUAAAUUGUUGUUGUGAUGCUUUCAUGUGUUCAAAUAAUAAAUAAGGUUACAAAA